GGCCUCUCCGCCUGUGGGAGACCCGCUCCGCGCGUCCCCGCCCCUCCGCUGCCGGCCGGUCCCCGCGGAGGCCGUUCCCCUGCGGUGCUGAGCGGUGACCCUGCGGCCGCAGCUGAAGGGCCCGUCCCGUGUUCUCCCCGCUGCGGCCGCCCGUGUCCAGAAGUGGCCCUCGAAGUCUUGGAUUUUUUACUUGAGAUUUGUUUUACGGUGGAGACGAUGUUGGAGUCUCACUGUGAUGAACAGCACCCUCAUCAGGCUGAAGACUUCCACAGGAAGCUUGAGCAGAACAGCAAGCUUUCAGGAAUAAAAAAAGAUAUUGAAAAACUUUAUGAAGCGGUGCCACAGCUUGUAAAUGUGUUCAAAAUUAAGGAAAAAAUUGGAGAAGGUACUUUUAGUUCUGUUUACUUGGCCACAGCACAACUACAAACUGGAUUAGAGGAAAAAAUGGCUCUGAAACACUUGAUUCCAACCAGCCACCCUCUGCGAAUUGCUGCUGAACUUCAGUGCCUCACAGUAGCAGGGGGACAAGAUAAUGUUAUGGGAGUUAAAUAUUGCUUUAGGAAAAAUGAUCAUGUGGUUAUUGUUAUGCCAUACCUGGAACAUGAAUCCUUCUUGGACAUUCUGAAUUCUCUUUCCUUCGAAGAAGUGAGAUACAUGUUUAAUCUGUUCAAAGCGUUGAGGCGCAUUCAUCACUUUGGUAUUGUUCACCGUGACGUCAAGCGUAACUUCCUCUACAACAGGCAGCUAAAAAAGUAUGCCUUGGUAGAUUUUGGCUUGGCACAAGGAACCCCUGAUACGAAAAUUGAACUUCUGAAAACUGCCCACUCUGAAGACCAACAGGAAAGUUGCUCGCAAAAUAAUCCCAUUGUAGCCUUGGGAAAUGGGGUUUCUGUCAGUGACACAGCACCUAAACAGAUAGCUCAACAGUCAGCCUCAGAAGCAGCUGACAGAAAGUCCAGCUCACUUUCAAAAGCACAGAUUAAACAAGGAAGAGGAGGAAAGGAGGACUCUGUGCACCAUUCUGUCCAGCGCUCUGUCUUUGGAGAGAGGAAUUUCAAUGUCUACAGUUCCACAUACCAGGAGAAUUCAAGUACAAAAGUAAAACUCAUAAAACAAGCAAAGGUGAUAGAUGUUUCAUCUAGGAAGUUAGUAACAAAGAAGAAGAUUAUUUUUACCAAAACUGUGAGCAAUGGGGCAGCCAGGAAAGCUGCCGGUCCCUUAAACCUGCCCUGUGACUGUUACGCAACGGACAGAGUUUGCAGUGUUUGCCUUACAAGGCCUCAACAAGUUGCUCCCAGGGCAGGAACACCUGGAUUCAGAGCACCAGAAGUGUUAACAAAGUGCCCCACUCAGACCACAGCAAUUGACAUGUGGUCUGCAGGAAUCAUAUUCCUUUCUCUGCUCAGUGGACGAUAUCCAUUUUUCAAAGCAAGUGAUGAUUUAACUGCUUUGGCACAAAUCAUGACAGUCCGUGGAUCCAGAGAAACCAUUCAGGCUGCUAGAACUUUUGGUAAAUCAGUUGUGUGUACCCAGGUUGUCCCAACUCAAAACCUACGAACCCUCUGUGAAAAGCUGAGAGGAACAAACAGUGGCUGUAAGAGAUCUCAGGGAGAAGUGCCCAAUGGGUCUGAAAAUGAUUCAGCUUUGCCAUUUGCAGUAGACAAACCGUGUGCUCCUGAGGCACUUGGGAAACAAAUUCAACAACGAAAAAGCUUUCAGGAAGGUGAUAGUGCUUUGGAAAUUAAGGCAACUGACAUGAAAGGAUGGGAUCAGGUUCCUGAUGAAGCAUAUGACUUACUUGAUAAGCUACUAGAUUUAAACCCUGCAACAAGAGUAACUGCAAAGGAGGCUUUGUUGCAUCCUUUUUUUAAAGACAUAAGACUCUGAGAA